ACAGCCGUCCACAGGCCUCCAACGCUCCUCUUCUUCUUCGUCUGCUUCUUUAUUUCUUUAUAUUGUUUAAUCUCUGGGACGCCUCCCCUGUCCUCCCCCAUCGUGUCCGGGUGACGCCUGUCUCCCCCGGGACACUCGCCAUCAUGGAGAAUCUGGAGAAGCAGCUCAUCUGUCCCAUCUGCUUGGAGAUGUUCACCAAGCCCGUGGUCAUCCUGCCCUGCCAGCACAACCUCUGCCGCAAGUGUGCCAACGACAUCUUCCAGGCGUCCAAUCCCUACCUGUCCACAAGGAGCGGCUCCACGGUGACGUCAGGCGGUCGUUUCCGCUGCCCGUCCUGCCGACAUGAGGUGGUUCUGGAUCGACACGGGGUCUACGGACUGCAGAGGAACCUGCUGGUGGAGAACAUCAUCGACAUGUACAAACAGGGAAGCAGCAGCAGUCGACCAGAACCUGAGCAGAAGCAGGAUCAGCCGAUGUGUGAGGAACAUGAAGAUGAGAAGAUCAACAUCUACUGUGUCACCCACAGCGUUCCCACCUGUUCCCUCUGUAAAGUGUUCGGAGCUCAUAAAGACUGUGAAGUCGCUCCGCUGGACAACGUCUUCCAAACACAGAAGGCGGAGCUGACGGACUGUAUCUCCAUGUUGGUUGGGAACAACGAGAGGAUUCAGGCCAUCAUCAUUCAGCUGGAGGAAACCUGCAGAGCUGUCGACGAAAACGGACGCAGACAGAAGUCGAAGGUGUGCGAGACGUUCGAUCACCUGUUCGCUCUGCUGGAGGAGAGGAAAGGUGAGAUGACCCUGAGGAUCAACUGUGAGCAGGAGGAGAAACUCGACUACAUCAGAGGUCUGAAGAGGAAGCACACCGACCACCUGGAGACCGCCGCCAAGCUGCUGGAGACCGCCAUCCAGACCCUGGACGAGUCCGAGAUGGCCGUGUUUCUGCAGACCGCUAAACCUCUGCUCCAGAAGAUAGUGAAGAGCACCGACACCUCUCACCUGGAUAAAGUCCAACAAGGCUACGAGAAAAUGGAGCACUUCACAGCUAACUUUGAGCGUCAGAGGAGAGCGCUGAUGAACGUCGACUUCAUCAAACUUGAUGAGGAUGAUGAAGAUGAUGAAGAUGAAGCAGUGGAGCAGCAGCAGCAUGCCGCAGGAGUCUCAGCCAAUCAGCAGCCUCCUCUGUCUCCUGUUCAGCCUGCAGGUGUUCAGCUUGCAGCUUUGCCCCCUCAGAAACCUUCAGAGGCUCCGCCCACCACCACAUCGCAGACAAAAAGCCAUGCCCCAUCACCACCAACAAGCCAAGCACCGCCCCCUCUGCCCCUGCCGACCGCCAGCCCCGCCAGCCCCUCCAGCCCCGCCAGCCCCUCCAGCCCCGCCAGCCCCUCCAGCCCCGCCAGCACCGCCCCUCAGGUUCAGUCUGAUCAGCAGAACGAGUCGGAGGACAAAGACGGACCCAAACACGUCUUCUCCUUCAGUUGGCUCAACCAGAAGUAGAACCAGGGACUCCUGAUCCUGGACCAGCCUGAGCCGGUCCUCCUCUCAGCCAGACUUCAGUUCAUUGUGACCUGGUUUUACAGUCUGUUGUUAGAGGACACGUUCAGCGGGCCGAAACCCUCGGAGGUUAGAAUCUCUUCUGAAACAGCGUUUAAGAGACGACGUCUGAACUGUCACUGACAUUUUGACCUUUAAACACAAAAACAAACUGAAAUGUUCUCUGUUGAAAUGUCAAAUAAAUUAUGUUUUUUAUGAAGCAGUUUUUUCUUCUGUAAAGCGUCUCACCAGGCUGCGUUCAGAAACCUGACAG